UCUUCUUCUUCUUCUUCUUCUUCUUCUUCUUCUUCUCUUCAAUCUACUCCUCGAGCUGAACGUGACUCCUGGCAUUUUUCCCUUUUUGUUUUUCUAUUUUGGUCACCAUACAAAGUCUUCGAGCGCGCGUAAUUUCAAGAAAGAAAACAUCGUCUACAACAGCCAGCCAGCAUCAGACAUGGAGACAUCAAUCAACCUUGAACUUGAUAGCUUUGGUGAGGAGGAUGAUGAUGACCUUCCUGCUGUGACGAGACUCCCUGCAUUAGACGAGGAUGAUGACAGAGAGAACUUUCUCAACACCAGUGGACAGCGUAAUGAAGGGCUCCUGGACACCCUGCUGGAUCCUGCAGGAGCUGAAGAAGGAGCUGAUGCUGUCGGUAAGAGGGUGGUCAACAGGAAACCAAUCCCUAAGCUGGACGCAACCAGGCUGACUGGUGACAGGGGACUCCCUAUUCUGGUGAAACACUUUGAAAAGGUCAAGUUCAAGGGCAAAGGUCAUGAGGCAUCUGACCUCGAUCGCCUGAUGAGGGUCAUGGAGCACUGGGCGCAUCGUCUUUUUCCCAAGAUGCCUUUUGAUGAUGUGAUCGAGCGCAUUGAGAAGCUGGGUAGCAAGAAGCCCGUGCAGACAUGCAUACGAAAGAUUCGGCUUGAUAUGCCCUUAUUGGAUGAAGACUUUGUCACCAGAGGAGAAGAUGUUAUUGAAGGAGAAGAUGGUGAAGCAGCGACUGGUCUUGGGGAUGAUUUCCCAGCGCCUAGCUUCCCAGGCACCCAGCAGCCCCCUAGCACCAUCAAUACACCAAAGGUUUCCAUGUCAGAUGAGCAAAGAGAACGCAUCGAGCUCAACAAGCGACUUGCUAUGGAACGUCGACUCAACAAGCAAAAGGAAGCGAAGAGUAGCCAAAAGCCAGCAGCCUCCCAGUCUGAUGGUCUCAAUGAAGCAGAGAUACAUGACCUCUUUGGAACUGGAAAGGCCAAGACAAGGGUAGAAGAUGAUGAUGGGAUUGAUUCGGAUGAGGACGAGAUGGAGAGGGAGAUGUGGGAGAGUCAGAUGACAGGGGGGACGAAGGAUAAGAAGGCUUCGCAGAAAGGAGCAGCUUCCGGAGAGGUGGAGAUUGAUGCGGAUGAAGCGGAGAUGGAGAACGAGAUGUGGAAUCAGAUGACCCAGCCGGUGUCGACGCAGUCCCAGAUGAGCAGAUCACAAGAGACGACGCCCAAAGUAGCCAAGAAGAGCAACAAGAACGAGGGAAUAAUUGAGGAUGAAAGCGAUGCUGAGGAGAUGAAGACGGCGAAAGACUCGCAGUUUGUAGGGUCACAGGAUGAGGCACCUAAAAGAGGCAGGAGGAACAAGAGAGUUAUUGAUGAUGACAGUGAUGAUGAUGAUGAUGUGAUGGAGAUGGUCAAAGACUCCCAGACAGCUGCAUCGCAGGUGAUGCAAUCCAAGGGAGCCAAGAAGAGGAGAGUUAUUGAAGACGAUGAGAGUGAUGAUGAGAUGGAGGCGGAAGACUCCAACAAGAUGACAGAGCUUCUCUCUCCUAAGCCACCCAAAGACGGUCCAGAGGAAACUUCUGCAUCCAGAUCAUUGACAGGGUCACAAAAGAGCGUGAGAAUUGAUGGUGAGGAAGAGCCGGAUGUUGUUGCUGAGGAGGAUGAUGAUGAUAAAAAGAAGGAUCCCCAAAAUGCUGAAGUUGAGAAUGACAUUUGCAAUCAGAUGACAGAACCGGUUCUUUCUCAUAAACCCACAGACCCCAACUCUUUGCUGACGUCGCAGGAAACAUCAAACAGCAACAGCCUGGAUGAAGUCAUUAAUGAUGACGAUUCUGGAGAGAUCUGGAAUCAAAUGACGGAACAAGUCAAAACACAAAUCGUGAAUGAUUCACAAGCGGACGAUCAGUCGUAUAACGUAUUGAAAAGCAAGAAGAGAGUCAUUGAGGAUGAUGACGAUGAUGACGAUGAAACACAGAUAGACUUGGAUAUGUGUAACCAAGAAACAGAACCUGUUAACACAGGAAAUUCUCAAGACACUGUGGAAACUUAAGGAAAGUCUUUAUUGGGAACAAAAAAUGUCACAAGAAAGCUUUAUAUAUUUUGAAAAUUAGGAUUCUAAACUAUAUAGUAGACUAUCUUGGAUUUGUAUAGAAAUUCAAUCUCUCCAUGUAUAUAUAUAUUGGGUGCAUUUGACUGUUCCAUGUGAUUGCCCAGCAACAUGAAGUAGAUGCUACCUGAAUUCUGAAUACCCGGUAUUGACAGGCGAUGAUGUGUUGAUAGGAAAUAGGGUACCUUCAAAUGGAGUUUUCAAUGUUCACAUAUAUAUCAAAAAGAAAAUUAAACUGAAUUUUAGAACUGUUGAUGCUCUGAUCAGUUAUAAUCAAUGCAAACUUGUUGAUAUACUGUAGCUGCAUUAGGCCUUUAAAAAAAGAUGUUGUAUUGCCCUUUAGGUGCCAAAACAUAGGUCGGUCGGUCGGAAAUCUUUUCUU